GGACACGGAGUUUCCCCCUCCGGAGUUAGCGGUGUUCGAGUCCGGGAGCAACAUGGCGGCGCCCAUGAGGGGCUAGUUUGGAGACUAACUAGUGUUUGGUACGGCUGUCUUGCCCGACUUUGACCGAGUAAAGUUUUCCCCCAAGUACUCACGUUAAAGAAUUGUCUUCUAACAGGCUGACACCGCCAUCCGCUCGCGACCCCACUAAGGAGCAGAGUCCUGAGUCCUGACCAAGAUGAGUAACAUCUACAUCCAGGAGCCGCCCACGAAUGGGAAGGUUUUAUUGAAAACUACAGCUGGAGAUAUUGACAUAGAGUUGUGGUCAAAAGAAGCUCCAAAGGCAUGCAGAAAUUUCGUUCAGCUUUGUUUGGAAGCCUACUAUGACAACACCGUUUUUCAUAGAGUUGUACCUGGUUUCAUAGUCCAAGGUGGAGAUCCCACAGGCACCGGAACCGGGGGAGAGUCCAUCUAUGGAGCCCCAUUUAAGGAUGAAUUUCACUCGCGGUUGCGUUUUAAUAGGAGAGGACUGGUUGCCAUGGCAAACGCUGGUCCACAUGAUAAUGGCAGCCAGUUUUUCUUUACUCUGGGUCGAGCAGAUGAACUUAACAAUAAGCACACCAUCUUUGGAAAGGUCACAGGGGACACAAUAUACAACAUGCUACGCCUGACAGAAGUGGACAUCGAUGAUGAAGAAAGGCCCCGCAAUCCACAUAGAAUCAAAAGCUGUGAGGUUUUGUUUAAUCCUUUUGAUGACAUCAUUCCAAGAGAAAUUAAAAGGCCCAAAAAAGAGAAACCAGAGGAAGAAAUAAAGAAAUUGAAACCCAAAGGCACAAAAAACUUUAGUUUACUUUCUUUUGGAGAAGAAGCUGAGGAGGAAGAGGAGGAAGUGAACCGAGUCAGUCAGAGCAUGAAGGGGAGAAGCAAAAGCAGCCAUGACUUGCUUAAGGACGAUCCGCACCUCAGCUCUGUCCCAGCUGUGGAAAGUGAAAAAGAUGACGCAGCGGGAGAUUUAGAAGAUGGUGGCGAGGAUGAGAGUGCGGAGCAUGAUGAAUGCAUUGAUGCUGAUGAAAAGACCCUGAUGAGAGAAAGGAUUGCAAAAAGGUUAAAAAAAGACACAAGUGAAAAUGUGAAAUCAGCUGGAGAGGGCGCAGUAGAAAAGAAGCCGGCGAGCCGUAGUGAAGAGCUCAGAAAAGAAGCAAGGCAGCUAAAGCGGGAACUCUUAGCAGCAAAACAGAAAAAGGAGACCUCAGCAAAAGCGGAGAAAGGAAAUGAAGAGGAAGAGGCUGCCCCGGAUGGUGCUGUUGCAGAGUACAGGCGAGAAAAGCAGAAGUACGAAGCCUUGAGGAAGCAACAGCCGAAGAAGGGAACUUCCCGGGAAGAUCAGACCCUUGCACUGCUGAGCCAGUUUAAAUCUAAGCUCACUCAAGCAAUUACUGAAACGCCUGAAAACAGUGUUCCUGAGGCAGACGUGGAAGAUGAUGAAGGAUGGAUGUCACAUGUGCUCCAGUUUGAAGACAAAACCAGGAAGGUGAAAGACGCAAGCAUGCAGGAUUCGGACACAUUUGAAAUCUACGAUCCCCGGAAUCCAGUGAACAAAAGGAGAAGGGAGGAGAGCAAGAAGCUGUUGAGAGAGAAGAAAGAAAGGAGGUGAGAGGAGAGUGGCGAGGCCAGAGCUGCUGAUGGCCUGCAGUGCAUGACGGUCUGUGACAGCCAUCGUCCCACCACGCACACGGGUGUGGAAAGUACUUCUGAACCUGGUCUCCAGUUCAGAAAACACAUACUUUGUUUUGUAAAUUUGAGAUGAUGUGAGCAAAUGCUUUUGGUUACUGAUAAAUUUUUUUUCUUAUUUGACCUUUUCUAUUGCUGAAUCUGAAAUAAAAUCAAUUUAUUUCCAGUUUAAAUGUUAACCGUUUACAGAUUGUAUAAACCUGUUUUUGCUCCUUUACCCUGAAAUGUGUGAAAGCUUGUGAGUGCUCACAGAAAGAAUGAGAGGAACUUCCCUGACCCUUUGAUAUAAAAUAAAAAUUAUAAAAUAAAGA